AUGGCCGGGGGCACCGGGAGCGCGCACUCCGGACCGGGCCCGAUCCUGCGGCUCCUGGCGGUGCUGGCGGCGCUGCACGGAGUGGGAGCAGAGGAAGAGCAGCGUUUUGUUGGUUUAGUGGAAGAGAAUUAUGUGUAUGGCAACCUUAAACAUGAAGUUAACAUCUACGUUAAGGUGUUUACCAACAGCCCGUUUCUCCUGUGUAUGGAUCUGGCUCGUGCUCAAGAAGAACUAAUAGAUCCCAACUAUCUGUGGAUUGGUCCGGAUGGAAGACGUUUGGAAGGGCAAUUGCAUGUGAAUCUUCUGGAACCAGGAAAGCUGAUGUUGCUGGGGUUUAAGGAGUCCAUGUCUGGAGCCUACACGUGUGCUCUUUCUCACCAAGUCCUAGAAACUACAACACAGAAAGAAAGAGAAGUGUCUGAGACAUACAGAUUCAUGGUGUAUGCAUACAGGGAAGCUGACCACACGUAUCAGGUCUUGACCCGCUUUACUACCAGCAAGUGUGAGCUACGAGCCAACAGCCUGUUCUUUGGGGAGCUCUUGAGAGUCUUAACUAACAUCAUCUCGGACCUGACGUGUCACAUCACCAAGUCCUCCUACAAGUGCCAUUCCAUCAGGACACCCAAGCAAGGCCUCCUGCACGAGCUGUUUGUUCGCUUUCAAGUCAAUCCCUUUGGACAAGGAUGGGAGGAAGUUUGCAAACAGGUCCCUUACGACUGUGAAGAUGUGACAAACAUGAGAGUUCAAGAGGCAAGGGACAGGAUUGAGGAGUUUUUCCAGAAGCAGACGGGUGUUUUGAGGCACGAGUUCCAAACUGUCCCUACAAUCCACUAUGUGGAGAACAGCUUCUCAGUGACUCCCAUUGACAGCUGCCGACCUGGCUUUGGGAAGAACAAUGCCAAACACCGGGGCUGUGCUGGCUGCUGUGUGGUCUGUGAGCCUGGAACUUACAGUCCCGACAACAGAGUGACCUGCCAGGUUUGUCUGCAUCCUCGAGUCCGGAUGUACGGAGCAAGAUUGUGCUGA